GCAGACACGGCCACAGCUGUGCAACGGGCCAAGCGCCAUCCAUGCAUAUAGCAGACAGACAGCCAAUCCACGCGACGUUGCCACAGCGAAGGCCAAACAGCCUCCAGCCGCACGGUGGGACUGCCCAGGACAUGCCUUUGGCGCAAUUUGCAGCCCGCGCUCCAUUUGUUGGAAGCAGCUACCCGGUCCACACCCACCCUGGAUGCCAAGCAUCCAGAGCAGUGGUCAAUUUGACAGGCUACUCUGAAUGCGGCGCAGCUGCUGCUGGACAGACGGCCCCCAGGUGAUACAAAAUGAUUAGCGCUUCACACGCACACUCGCCAGCCCAAGGUAUAAGUAAAGGACGCGGGCCGGACCGGUUUUUCUCGCCUGCUGGACAACGCCCCAGCCUCGCUUCUGUGAGCCCCUUGCGCAACGUCGUGGGAAAAUGAAGAACCUCUUCUCCUUGGUCCUGCAAGCGACUCACAUUCUGGCCGUGAGCCAGAUCGCCAUCUUCUCCGACGAGCACUGCCAGGACUCGCUACGAGGCCUCGAGGGCCCAAACGGCUAUCCAAACGGCACGUGUACGGACCUGCGCCGCAAUGGCCCAUACGGCAGCUUCCAGGUCGUAGGCCUGGAUCCGGGCUGCACAGUCACAAUCUACGCCAAGGACACCACGGCCGAUAUUUGCUCAGGCUACGCAGAAGAAAUCCGGCCCGUCGAAUGCCACAACUCCACCUUUGUGUAUUACAGUAUCGAUUUCUGCGAUGUCAAUGCCGUCAAUCAGCCGUCUCUAUCCAAAACUACUAGUGCUCCCACCGCCAGCGCCACGUCGUCAUCUUCUCCGUCUUCCUCAGGAUUGUCUUCGGGUGCGAUUGCCGGUGCUGUCGUUGGCGGAGUCGCUGGACUGGCCAUCAUAGUUGGGCUGAUUGCAUUCUUCAUGUUGAAGAAGCGAAGAAAGACACAGAAUACCACCCCAGAAGUCACGGAACAUGUAGCUGCAACACCCGCCGAGGUGCACGGGAAGCAUGUCCAAGAGCUGGGAGUGGGCGCGGUCGCGUACAAACAGAAUGCCGUCGAAGUGGAACACCCACCCGCCGAGCUUGAGGGCACCGAGAUGAGGGCAGAUGAACAGUCAAGGCCUUUUCACUAGUAGUACGCUUUGCACAGUAAAAAAGUAAUCGGGUUGCGACCUUUGCACUGGAUAUCUUGGCCACACUAAUGUACUUGUGGAAAAUUAAUGCAGUUUUGUGCUCGGCCCGUACGAGCCCGGCUUGGACAAGCUUGACUUGACAAUUUCUACCGUGUGAAAUGUUCUAGUCGCUAUAACGGCAGC